UCAUAUAUAGUACAAAUGGAUCAAUUCCCUUAUCCCGCAAUCCCAAAGCAACAAACCAAAGAGAAGAAACGGCUGAGUGAGGAGCAAGUGAGGAUAUUGGAGUGGAAUUUCAACUUCAACAAGAAGUUGGACUCCGACCACAAGUCUCGCCUGGCAUUUGAGCUCGGUAUCCCGCCUAGGCAAGUGGCGAUAUGGUACCAAAACAAGCGGGCGCGUGACAAAAUCCAAGGGCUGGAGGUGGAGCAUAAGAGCUUGCAGAUGCAACUCGAGAGUGUGUUGAUUGAUAACUCGAGGCUUAGGAAUGAGGUGGAGAGGCUCAAGGUGGAGUUAACUAGGGCCCAAGGUGCCACCGGGCCCACCUUCACCUCUUUCAACUCCUCCAAUUUUGGAGUGUCGUCACGUGUACAAGACUCAUUUUGUGAUUAGUAUUAGUGUGAUACAUGAUCUUUAGUAUGAAAUCUUUUUUUCAUGAUA